AAAAAAAAAGAGAAUAAAUAUUCUUAUAUUCAUGGCAACACUUCAUCUUCAAGGACAAAACGGUCAGGAAUCAGUGUCUAUCCCUCUCUCCACAGAAGAAGGAACUCAGCCACGACCUCAGAUCAUAUACAUCAAUACUCGCUCAAUGGGCUCGGAUACACAACAACCCCCCACAUCCAUUACUGAUUUAUCCAAUACAACUACACAUCCUACUGACUCAAAGCCAUCAGCUUCGAUAGUUAAUCCUGAUAAUUCUUCACAAGUACUUGAGAAGACAAAAAAAGAUGAAGGCUUUAUUCAAACCAUUCUGGAUUCCAAUCCGUAUUUCUCUGCAGGAUUUGGGCUAAUGGCUGUAGGAGCCGGCCUCACGAUCCUGCGCAAGGCGACAGUCUCAGGCGCAUCGGUCCUCCGUCGUCAAAUGUUGGUCAGCCUUGAGAUUCCAAGUAAAGAUAAAUCAUAUCUCUGGUUCUUACAUUGGAUGUCAUCACAAUCUCGUGGAGCAGGCAUUGAAAGGGGGGGAGGAGGGAUAAACGUAGUAGGAAAAGUACAUCAUCGUAGGGGUCUCUUCACUAAAUGGGCAGAUAAUCUUGCGGAUCGGGUCAACAAACGAUCUCAAUUCCUGGCUGUGCAAACAGAAUUCAAACAGCAUGAUAAUGGAUCAGUCUCGACGCGAUUUAAUUUGGUACCCGGUAAUGGCAAACAUUUGAUUCGAUAUCGAGGCGCAUGGAUUCAAGUGGAGCGAACCCGAGAUAGUAAGAUGAUGGAUCUUUCGACAGGUGCGCCUUGGGAAACAGUAACCCUUACUACGUUAUCACGCGAUCGUGCAGUCUUUACAGAGUUGUUGCAAGAGGCUCAGAAGAUGGCUUUAAUGAACCAAGAAGGGAAAACAGUAAUUUACACUAGCUGGGGACCCGAGUGGAGACCAUUUGGACAGCCGCGAAAAAGACGACUGUUGGAGAGUGUAAUCUUGGAUGAUGGUAUUGCAGAGAGGGUGGUCAGAGAUGUGAAGGAGUUUGUGAAAAACGAGAAGUGGUAUGCUGAUCGAGGUAUUCCAUACCGCCGAGGGUAUCUGCUUUAUGGUCCUCCUGGAAGUGGAAAGACAAGUUUUAUUCAGGCACUGGCAGGAGAACUGGAGUACAAUAUCUGCAUUUUGAACUUGAGUGAACGUGGGCUAACAAACGAUCGGUUGAACCACUUGUUAACUAACCUGCCUGAACGCAGCAUAAUGUUGCUGGAGGAUAUUGAUGCUGCCUUUGCAAAACGCGACAAAACUCAAGAAGGUUUUCACUCCAUGGUAACAUUCAGUGGACUCCUCAAUGCUCUCGACGGCGUCGCUUCCGCUGAGGGCAGAAUCAUCUUCAUGACGACUAACCAUAUAGAAGCAUUGGAUCCAGCGUUAAUUCGUCCUGGACGUGUAGAUUUGCGCGAAUAUGUGGGUGAUGCUAGUCCAAUACAAAUACGGCGGAUGUUCAAACGAUUUUAUGAGGGUCAUGACGCAUUGGCCGAAAGAUUUGUGAAGUCAUUAGAGAACCAUAAAGUCAGCACUGCAGCCUUACAGGGUCAUUUCGUCCACUUUAAGGAUCGGCCCGAAGAUGCCUGUGAGAAUGUGGGAUACCUUUUCAUGAAGGAUCAAUAAUAAAUUUCUCC